GGUGCAACAGCUGCAGUCAGACAACCCAUUGCAUCGAAGGUUGUGAGGGAUGAUUGCAAGCUGAGCGCCGGAUGGAAGGUUAACUCUAAAUCCUCAGGGUCUCGGACAUUCCCAUGCUCUGCCAAUCCGCGUCCCGGCGGCUUGCGCGGCCAACCGCCGCCGCCUCGUUCCGGCCACAGGUUCCCCGGCGCACCCUCUUCUCCCGCCGCACCGCGAGAACUUCCGGCCGACCAGUCGAGAAUCUGGACAUUCGUCGCCUCACGGAGCAGUCGGAGGAAUACUACCGCAACCGACGCAUCUUCCUCUGGUGCGGCACCAUCGCUGGCGUUGUCUCCUUCAUCUACACUGCCUACAAACUCAAAGUCGAGCUGUCCAAACCCGUCAAGCUCGACUCCAACCUCCCUUCAUCAAACCCGCUCGCGGGUCCCGGCGCAGCCGAGCGCAAAGUCAUCGUGCACGAUGGCGAAGGCCAUGAGAUCGUCCCGACCGGCAACAGCACAGUGCCAACCUUCCCCCGCACGCUCAACCUCCCGUCCUACACGGCCCCGAUAGCCGCGUCCACCCCAACCCCCGCCGACCCUGCCGUCUCCCCGGCGAUCACCUCCCCCGGCGGCGGCACAACCACUACCGAAUACACGCUCGUGGGCCUCGGCCUGCGCACCGUCACCUUCGUCAACCUGCAAGUCUACGUGGUCGGCUUCUACGUGGCGACGGCCGACAUCGCGGCGCUGCAGGACGCGCUGGUCAAGAAGGUCAACCCGAUCGCGACGACGCUCGUGCCCGGCGAGCGCGAGCAGCUGCGCGCCGCGCUGCUCGACCCGGCCGAGGGCGAGCGCACGUGGGACGAGCUGCUGGCCGCCGGCGUGCCCGCGCGGUCCGCGUUCCGCGUCGUGCCCGUGCGCGACACCGACUUCCACCACCUGCGCGACGGCUUCGUGCGCGCCAUCCAGGCGCGCGCCCCGCCGUCGGCGCAGAACGACGACGCGUUCGGCGAGGCCAUGCGCCAGUUCCGCGCCGUCUUCAACCGCGGCAGCGUGCCCAAGCGCAAGGAGCUGCUGCUCGCGAGGGACGAGACCGGGCGGCUCAGCAUUACGUAUGAUGCCGGCGCGAACAAGCAAGAGGGGCGUCCGGCGGGGCGGCAGUUGAUCGGCGUGGUGGAGGACGAGAGGGUGUCGAGGGCACUGUGGCUGAAUUACCUGGCGGGCAAGAAGGUGGCCAGCGAACCGGCGCGGAAGAGCAUUGUGGAGGGCAUCAUGGAGUUCGUGGAGAGGCCGGUUGGCACUGUCGCGACACGGGUGGUGCCGGUGGUGAACGCGAAGGUAUGAUAUAGGCCCAAUCGGCUCGUAGGGCACUCGGGUGCAACCAGAGACCACUCCAAGAAACGGAGGCAUGCGAUCAUGUACAAUUACAGCGGCUCUUUCAAUACAUUUGUAUACGCAUCACAGGUGAGGCUACCCGAGCCGUCCAUCAGCAUUAGGUAUCCUGAUCCGCAGCGCAGGAAACCACAGCAGCGGCGACCCCCCGCGCCUUAGAGCGCACCAGCCUCCGCCAACAGCUCCUCGAUCUUCUUGCCAUCCUUGCCAUUCUUAACGACCGCCUCUAAAUCCGAGUUGCCGCCGAUGUGCACCCGGUUGAUGAAGAUGUUGGGCACCGUGCGCUGGCCGGUGAGCUUGUGCAGCGCGUUCUGGAUGUCGUCGCCGUCACUCUCUUGGUUGAGCUCGAUGGCCGUGUACUUGGCUUUCAGCCCGUCGAGGAUCCGCUUCGUGUUGUUACAGUAAGGGCAGUACGACUUGCUGAAGACCAUGACAGCGUUGUCAUCGAUCAGCUGCUGGGCUUUCUUCUGCGCGGCAUCCAUGGUUGCGGAUGGACUGGAACCGAACAGUCUACGGAAGAUAAAGGACAUGAAAGUCGUUGUUGCGGGUGUUGAUGUUAAAGACCGGAAGAAGGAAAAAUGAGGGGCGAAGUUCGCUUUCUUGUAAGCCUUGGGGUCGUGCUUGCAACGGUACUUGUGUGGUCCCCUGGAAGCUUCUCGAUAGUAUAAGAAAG